AUGGAUUCCGACUACCCGGAGCCCCCGUCGCAAUGCAGAGCCGACUCGCACGGCCGCAAUGCGCCACCAGAGGAUCGGCCCGCCUUUGGCAUGUCUCACGCAGCUGAAACGUCUGCCGAACCAGAUGACCUUAAGCGCCCCCGCGCCUGUGAGCCCUGUCGCCAGUUGAAAGUCCGCUGCGACCCAGACCCGACGCACCCCGAUGGGUCCUGCAAGCGCUGUGCCAAGGCAGGUCGUACAUGUAUCACGACGGCGCCGACCAGAAAACGCCAAAAGAAGACCGAUAGUCGGGUCACUGAACUGGAGCGGAAGAUCGAUUUCCUGACGGCGACUCUACAGGCGUCACACAGCAAUGCUUUUAUGGGACCGCCAGGAAAUACGCACUCACGUGAGGAGCCCGCUUCUAGUCGUCGUUGGUUGCGCGAUGAUACGAACCCCAACGAAAACAAGCGCACCCAUGAUGGAUAUCUUGCUUCGCAAUAUGGUCGACCGAAUAGCCCAUCCGCAGAGCGGAUUUCCAAGCCCGCUGAUUCAAAACAUUGGCGUGGGCCAUUCGGCGGCGAAGUUGCACCCCCGAGGGAGGUGGGAAAUCAGUUUGUGGAUGUGAUUGAUAGAGGUCUCGUCGAUGUCCAGUCUGCCAAUGCCGCUUUUGAGCGGUACGCCACUCGAAUGGCACCGGAAAUGCCAUUCGUGAUGCUCCCCGCCGGGAACGGUUAUGGGAGAUAUUUGCAUCUUACCCUUCUGAAUGAGAUAUACCAAAUGAUCGCCGAUCGGAUGGUCGUCAAAGGCGAGAAGUGCUUGGAGCUGGUACAAGCAUUGAUGGUUUGCUCUAUCUGGUACGUCCCGCCAGAUAAUUUUGAAGAGUUGAAGUUCUACCAGCUGGUUCACUUCGCCGUUAUUCUGUGUAUGGAUAUUGGGUUGAACCGUCGGUCGAGCAGUGAACUUAAGCCGUUCGCAAAGAUUCGAGAGACACUGAUAAAGAAGCCAGCUGGUGAUCUGAACGGCCCGGAGGCGAGGCGGACGUGGUUGGGUUGCUAUUACAUGUCGGUUCAAGUCUCAACGGCAUUGAGACGAACGCAGCUUCUGAGGUGGUCACCUUACAUGGACGAAUGUAUCGAAGUGCUGCAAACACAUCCUGAUGCGUUGCCCACCGACAGGAAAGCAGUCUGGUGGGCCAAACUGGGGUUCAUCAUGGAAGACUCUAGCGUACAGCUGCUCACCGAAGAUUCUGAGUCGAUUGCAUCCUUCUCGGAUAGCAAGGUUCGGUACACCAUCCGAGGAUUUUCGAAUCAGCUGGCGCAAUGGAGGAGAGAGAUCCCCGACGAUGUAUACACAGACACCUUGGCUCACACAUAUCAUGUGCUCAAUCUGUUCAUUCAUGAAACCGCCAUGAGCGUUGAUUGCAAGAACACCACCAUACCAAGCUCUCCCUCGAACGACAAGUUACCGACAUCAGCAAUCGCCCCUCUCAUCGACGCCCUUACCACCUCCAUCAGUUCGAUCCAUCAAGCCUUCGACAUCAUAAUGAAUGUCGACCCAGAGCGACUUACAUGCCUGCCCACAGUAACACUAGCACGGACAUCAUACCCGUUCGUCAGUCUGGUCAAAAUCUACUCCCUGCUCACCGCUCCCGACACCCGCAUUGGCCAAGUAAUCGAUAUGCAAAGCCUCAAGCUGGAAUACUACCUCGACCGGGUGAUCGAACACUACCGCAAAGCAGCCUCGCUAGACGGCGGUCGCGCCGCAGCAAAAUUCGGCAACAUAUUAACAAUGUUACGCAACUGGUUCGCCAAGAAAAAGGAAAACGGCCCUGCCUUGCGAGAAAUCUUCGGAGCCGAGACUCCUGCAGAUUCACCUGCAGACGCCAGAAAGAUGAACCACGGAGCGACGCCCCUUCAACUACUCAGCGAAGUAGCCUCAUCUGGCGCAUCAGGUGAACCAAACUGUCCACCCUCAACCUCAUUCUCCCACCGACCCAGCCAAUCCUACACCCCAUCAACCCUAACACCAGGCCUACCGCCAAGCCAAUCACCAAACCCAACAACCAGAUACGACUCGCUCGGCACGAAGCCAGAACCAAGCUGGCCAACCCCGACCUCAUUCUCGCCCUCCAUUCAAAACCAAGUCACAUCCAUGAGUCCCGCAGGCGCCGACGACCCCAGCCGGACCUUCUACCAACCCUACGGCCCUAGCCAGGCAUACCCAAAUGUACCAGCCAGCACAACGGGGUACCCCGAUAUGUCGAUGGGUAUGUCUAUAGCGCAGCCUAUGGGCAUGCCAGGUAAUGAAAUUGGGAUGGAUGCUACGUUUGACCCGGAUAAUCUGUUUGCGUUGGGGACUAUGAUGGAUGAAGGGUUGCUUACGUUCCCGUUGUCGUUUGACUCUAAUUUUCAGUUUUAA